AUGCACCACAAAAUCGUCGCCCUGGACGCCUGGCACGUCCCGAUCCCCGCAGACUUAGUCCAAUUGCUGAAUGGCGACACAUACGAAUUAAAAAGCCACCACACGCGGCCGACAUCGACGAAAGAUAUCCAAGCCAGCGUCAAAGAUGCCACCAUCAUCGCAAUCACCGUGUCCCCACUGGACGCAGAAACCUUGUCACCGGAGUGUACGCCCAACCUGCGCCUGGUGCUCGCCGUGGCGUCGGGGACAGACCCCAUUGACAAGCAAAAAUGCAAAGAGCGAGGCAUCCGCGUACUGAACUCGCCGAAUGCGAACUCGGAUAGCGUGGCCGAGCAUGUGCUGGCGUUGUAUUUUGCGUCGCGGCGCCGAUUGCUGCGAGUGCAUAAUUCUGUCCUUGGGUCCGAUGAGUGGCCCAAGCGGGGGACGCUGACCCAUUUGAUGAAUUCUGUCGAUGGGCAGUUGCCGUUGACGUGUAGGGAUGAGGUUGUUGGGGUUGUUGGGAAUGGUGCUGUUGGCCAACGGGUUGCUGCGCUGUGCCGCGGUCUUGGGAUGACCGUCAUGAUUUCCUCUCGAAAGGGCGCAACAGAUGCCAGCAAUGCGGAUGGCAGAGUCUCAUUUACUGAGGUUCUUGCUCGGUCUACCGUCCUGGUUCUAUGCGUCCCGCGAAACCCAGACACCGUAGGCCUGCUCUCCACUGCUGAAUUUGCUGCCAUGUCACCCAAGACGAUUCUCAUCAAUGUCUCUCGAGGAGGCAUUGUGGACGAAAUCGCCCUCCUUCAGGCUCUGAGAGAAGGGAAACUCUCGGGGGCCGCUACUGAUGUGUUCUUGCGCGAGCCCUCCGGUGCAGGACAGCAUUGGCAGGAAGGGGACAGUCCUCUUCUGAAACUCGAUGCAGCCGAAGCAGACGAUUUGAAUCUAGUGGUGACACCGCAUGUGGCGUGGUACACAACCUCAACUAUCAACGGGUACCUGCGCGCCUUCAAGCAAAAUAUCGAGCACUGGUGUGAAGGGAAGGAAACAAAUAUAGUUGUAUAA